UAUAUUAUUACAACCCUUCAAACUCCUUUUUUUCGCAUUUAUUAAUAAUUAUAUAAAGUUUCUAUAUCAUAAUUAACGUAUAAGAUAAGUCAAGCGUCCGAUAUUUCUGCUGCAGUGAAGCGAAAAAUCAAUAACUGCAGUCGAUGACGUAUUCGGACAGCGCCCCCUGCUGCUUCAGAUGUGGAUGGGGAGAUGAUUCGAAUUCUCGCUCCGACUCGGUCGCCCUCCACCCAUUAAUUUAAUUCUACACCUUCGACGGAUCCUAUUUUUUUUUUUUGUUAAAUAAAAAAAAAACAAAAAUCCUAGCAGCUAUGAAAAAGUCCUAUUUACAAUCGUGACUACGGCCAUUCCUGUUUACGGCUUUAUCCCGUGCGGAAGACAUGAACGGGUCCACGGAUUCGCCCCCCGACAAUGCUGACGGAACGUUAUCGGACAACACCGACGACUACAUCGUGGGUGAUCGAGUGUGGGUGAACGGUAGGAAGUCAGGAUACAUCCAGUAUUUAGGCGAAACGCAGUUUGCGUCGGGUGACUGGGCUGGGGUGGUCCUCGACGAGCCCAUCGGUAAAAACGACGGUUCCGUAGCGGGAAUUCGCUAUUUCCAGUGCGAACCUAGAAGAGGGGUGUUCGCUCGCCUUCACAGACUGACGCGGUACCCUAUCACACCUCCAACCAAGUACGACGUCCACACUGCGGUGAACGGAAGUACCAGUAAAACCACAACCACCAAAGUCAUGAAUUCGCCCAAAGGUACCAAAACUGUAGUCACCACCUCUACCACCGUGACCAGCCCCUCGAAAAGUCCGAGGCUAAGAAUUGCCGACAGGGUCCUGGUAAAUUCCAGCAGUGGUAUCAGGACGGGUGUCCUACGUUAUUUGGGACCUACGGCCUUCGCUAGUGGGCAAUGGGCUGGUGUGGAACUCGACGAACCCGUAGGAAAGAACGACGGAUCCGUUGCCGGAAAAAGGUAUUUCGACUGUCGUAUGAAGUACGGCCUGUUCGCUCCCAUUCAUAAAAUUACCAAAAUAAGUGGAAGUUACGCUCGAGCCACCUCUCCCAUCCUGAGAAGUCACGAGUCCCUCACAACCUCCACUACUUCCAGCAGAACAACCAUGAAGUCUGCGAGUCCCGUCAUCUCGAGCGUUCAGGCAACAACUACGGCAAUGCAGGAAGCUCUCAAGGAGAAGGAGGAACACCUGGAGCAGUUGUUGAGAGAGAGAGACUUGGAGAGAGCGGAAAUAGCUCGCGCUGCCUCCGAAAUUAAACAGGCAGAACAGAAUUUAGAAACAUUACAAUUGGAGCACGAUCAGUAUAUGGAGCAGAGUGAAUAUAACAUAGCAUACCUAAGACAACUGUUAGACGAAAGCGAACAGGAGAGGAAGGAAUUAACAGCUCGAUUGGAAGAAGAGAGAAGAAAAGUAGAAGAUUUACAAUUUCGUAUCGAAGAGGAGACAAUUAUCAAGCAUGGAUACAGGAGUAAUUCGGAUAAUUCAGACGAUGACGAUGAAAACAAGGUGAAAGCGCAGAAAGAAGUUAAUAAUGAGGACGAGAAAGUCGGAGAAACGUCGGGCGAAGAGGAUAAAGACGAAUUAAUCAAAAAGCUACAGAGAGAACUGGAUGAUCGAGAGUCUCAAAUGAUGCAGAUGAAUGCAACGUUGCAAGAAACGCAACUGAAGUUAGAACAGUUAACUGACAGUUACGUUAGCCGCAAUAAGAUCAAUAACCACAUCAGCGAGUUGCAGGCUGAAAAUAUAUUACUGAUUAAAGAAAAAAAUGACAUUCUAGAGAGAUGGGAAGAGGCAGAAAAAAUGAAAGGAAUUUUAGAGCAGGAACGAGAUCAGCUGUUAAGAGAAAGGGCGGAACAGCAGGCGGCAGUCUGUGAUAGAGACUUGCAGGUCGCUCAACUUAAAGCGGAAGUGGAGAGACUUAGGUUAGAGUUUGCUCAACAUAAAGAACAUCUUAAACAACAGCUGGAACAAACAGAAGUAGAGACAAGAGCCAUGCAAGAUCUGCAUCAGCAACUUGUAUUAGAAAGAGACGCUUUAGACGAAUUACAAAACGAAUUGCGACAAACAACAAGCGAGCGAAAUCAAUAUAAACGAGAAAUUACCAUAUUAAGAAGCGAUUACGAAGCCCUAAAAAAGAUAGUGGAAGAUAAAAAAGAAGAAAUUGCAAGCUAGACAAGAAGAAAUAAAUAAAUAAAUAAAUAAAAUUUCAGAAAAUUCUCUUCAGAUCUCACACCCACUUCUUAAGAAACCAAA